GCGUCAAUUCGAAUGUUAAACCUUUCCCAUUUGUCUGCUCUCUACCUCUCUGGCGCAGGCCGCUGGCUUUGACACCGGGAAAUUCGCCAUACUGCGAGCGCUUCUGGGAGGGACAUCGCUACCUGAAGGAGCGCCAGCGACUGCAUCAGCAGAUGCAGCCGGACGACAUGCGCUACAAGGAGGUCAAGAUACUGCGCUCGCCCAACGGCAAGCUCUUCCUUUCCAAGACACUCGAGGAGGAGCUCAAGGAUGAGAAGCAUGUGCUGGACUUUAUCGAAUCGGAGCUGCAGCGUAGCAAUAUUACCGAAAUGACGCCCGAGCCGAACGAGCGCCAGCGCCAGGCUUUGGACGAGCGUGCCGAGCUCGACCGGCAGAAGCAGCAGGUGAGCGAGUGGCGUGCCCAGCGGCGCAUGGACGAUCAUAAGCGCGCGGAGCAGCAGGUGACCAAGCGCAUGCUGAAGAAGGCCAAGGAAAUGAAGCAUCAAACUCAAGACGAUACCACCAGGAAUUCCAAGCGGCAGCACCGACAUCAGCGCCCGCGGCCAGUGCACUUGAACGCCGACAGGGAGCUGGACCUGGACCUUGAACUGGCCGAGUUGCCUCAGAGGAGCGAAGGGGAGACCCUAGUCGGCAGCCAAGAAUCAGAUUUCAGCUUAGAUGACAUUCUGGAGGAGGGCAAGGAAUAUGUCUUACAACUCGACACCGACUUUGACGAAGACACUGAUGCUACCCCACGUCCCUCCGGCAAUGAGGGUACCAUCCAGGAACUGGACAAUGACCUGGCCGACUCACGAGAGCAGCGUCGCCAGUUCCAGAAUCAAUGCCAGAACAGCAGCUUCUACGGCAAUUCCAAUUGCCUGACUCCCUGGACAUUGUACUCCAACAUUAGUAGCAAUCUAGUUGAUGAAAUGACUCGGAAUAUUGACGCCGAGCUGCACCGCAGCAUCGCCGGCUUCAUCAAGGACUUCGUGGAUAACGAGACGCGCACAACCAACAACCAGACCAAUUGAUGGUCCCAGCUUCCGGCUUAACUUUAAUUCAGCUGCCGAUGGAUCCGUUAACAUAACUUCGUACUCGAGCAGCCAUCAAAUUGUACGUGCACCAAAUGUACAUGACUAUGUACUUCUAGAUAUAUAUAUCAUCAUUUCAAUUUGUGCCUCAUUUAAAAUAAAGCA